UACGUCAUUUCUAACAGUUUAGUAGGCAGUUACCUUCAUACUUCAUAGUAUUAGGGCCCUUGUUAUCUGCAUUUUACCACACUCUGUAUGGCAAAUUCAGUGAUUCUUCCUUUUAUUGUCAGCCUUGUUUUAGAAGCACACCCAAAAUUGGCUGAUCUUUUGCUUUCAAACAUUUUGCCUGACUUUGCAUGGAAGAAAGAUUCGAUUGUAACUUCUAUGUAUUUUCUGGCAUGCUGUAUCUGUCGUUGUAAAUUAUGAUCUGUACGCUUUGUAAUCCAAUGCGAAACUGGGUGGCAAAUUCUGCCAUUGAAAUCGAAAUUACACACUGACAAGUUUUGAUGCCUCCUGUAAAUGACUUAAAAAUCUACAUCUGAGUUUUAGCGUUAGGAAAUCUAUCUUUGAAAAAUUUAAAUAGAAAGAAAAGCUUGUGGAGCUUGAAAUAUAUUUAAUUUGAUAUGUUCAUAUUCAUGCAAACACACAAGCACGCGCAAGCAAAGAAAAAAAAAAUACAGAAAAACAGGGAGAGCAGAACCUCACCCCUUUCCUCAAAUUUACAGAAACACCCUCAUUAAAAUUGAAAACACGGUGCCUCGAGAACUGUGAGGCGCCGCUUUUUUUCAAGCGUGAAGCUGCCUUUAUUUUCUUUUUGGUCUGUCCCUUUGUUUUCAGAUUUUAGCCAGAAAAGAGAUCCCUCUCCUUUCCUUUUUGCUAUUUCCAGUUUUUCACACCUCUCUCUCUCUCACACACAAUUAUCAAGUCUCAACAACAGGGAGAGUGAGUGCUGAGUAAUAGAGAGGAUACGAAAAGAGAAUUCUUCAACUUAGUACUCGAGAGAGAAGGGCAAUGGAGAGAGCAUUAACAAAAGUGAAUAGCUUGAAAGUUGGGAGCUUAUGGAUCUCAAAGAAAGCAAAAGAAGAGUUCUCUAACAUUACUGAAGACCUCAAUACUUUCUCAACUACUGUUGAAGAGAAGGCAAAAUGGGUUUUUAACAAGCUGAAAGGAAAACCACUAAAAAGCUUGCCUGAUCUCCUCCGAGAAUACAACUUGCCACCAGGUCUCUUCCCCCGGAAUAUAACCUGUUAUGAAUUCGAUGAAACAAAGGCCAAGCUGAUUGUGUAUUUGCCUUCUGUAUGUGAGAUCAGCUUCAAUGACUCUUCUGUAAUUAGGUAUGCAACUCGAGUAAAGGCAAUACUUGUGAGGGGAAAGCUCACGGUUAUAGAGGGGAUGAAGACAAAGGUGCUAGUAUGGGUUAAGGUUACAAGCGUGGCAGUGGAGGGCUUCAAGUCUGAUAAGGUGUGGUUUACAGCUGGUGUCAAGAAGUCUAGGCCUAAAAUUGCAUAUGAUGUGCCACAGACUGCUAUCAGGGUAGAGGAAUUUUGAACCGGGGAUAUGGAAUAUUAUCAACUUCAUCAAUGGUUAUUGUUCGUUUUUUAGUAAUUUUUUAGCACAUUAAGCAUAGCACGUGCUUUGUAGUCACAAUAGAAAAAUCUCUUGCUAUGGAUGUAAUUUUCGAAAUCCAAUUGCCUCUAUAUUACGCAAUUCAAUGA